GUAGAUGGAAAGAAAAGCUUAUGAGGUGGUUGUGGAAGACGGCAAAUUCUUCUACAAGCAUAGCGGAGAGAUUCUUCAAACUUCUGAUAUGGAAGAUAGUGAAUCCAAAUGGAUUUUUGUGCUCAGCACAUCUAAAGUGUUAUAUGUUGGGAAGAAGAAGAAGGGUACGUUUCAACAUUCAAGCUUCUUAGCUGGAGGAGCUACUGUCGCUGCAGGAAGAUUAGUUGUUGAGAAUGGUGUUCUCAAGGCUGUUUGGCCACACAGUGGACAUUAUCAACCUACAGCUGAGAAUUUCAUGGACUUUCUCUCUUUUCUAGGAGAGAACAAUGUCGAUAUCACU